AUGGCGGAAGGGGCGCGAGCGGCCGUGCGGAGGAACUCGCCGCAGCCGCUGGAAUUGGAGCGAAGGGACCUCCUGACCGCGCGGCGGUGGGGGCUGCACCGCACCCUGCAGUGCCGCGUCCCGCUGCAGCGGCUGCUGGUCGUGGCCCGGCUGCGCGAGGAGGUGGAGGCGGAGGAAGUGGCAGGUUAUCACAGAGAAUUGUUUGAAGAUGCAUCAGAAUACUACACGAGAGAACAAGUCUCAGGGCUGCUGCUUCUCAGUUCCAGCCAUGUUCUUCAUGUAGUGGAAUCUUGCAGUAGCACAAUAUAUUUUCUCAUCCGAGCUCUUGCUUCUCUUCAAAAUCAGGGUUCUAGUGCUCUUCUCCAGGAAAUCAGAGUGCUGGUGGUGGCACCCAACAUCCCAAGCAGGCUGUUCCCAGUGUGGCAUGUGGCAGUGGUGACGUCUCCUGUGACACAUCCGGAAGACUCAGCGCAAUCGCAGUCUAUAGAAGAGGUGGUCACAGAGUGUCUUACGCUCCUGAUCAAUGUGUCAGCCUAUGUGCUAAAAUCUGCUGAGGAUGAGAGCGAGGCCAGCAGUGACAGUCUGUGCACUCUUGCCCCUGAGCUGCUCAUCCCAGCAGAGACUAUUGGCUACUUGUUUAAAGCUGAAGAAUGUGCAAGCCCUGUAGAUUUUCUGAGAAUGUAUUUGAGUCCGUUUCAGCUUGCCCUGGAUUCUGAAGUCGUAUGGCCCAUUCCCUUGCACUUAUCUGCCUGAUGCAGUCUGUUCCCAGCAUUUCUCCUUGCAGCAGGACUCUCAUGUUUCACACAAAUCCACACACAAAGAUGCAUGGCUCCCACUGCAGUCCGUGAGGCGGGAGGAGCUGAGCAGCAGCAGCUGCAGAACCCAGGGAUAACAGCACAGCGGUGGGUGUGGAACUACCAUCUCUGAUGGGCUGCAGAAGUGGCCAUAUUAGUGAUGCACUUGAAUAAAUAUGCCUUAGGCUGAUUAAAGGCGA